AUGUGUCCAAAGCUUAGGACGAGACGAUCAACCACAGCGACGUCCCAAGGACACCCGACCACACCAUGCGACUGCCAACAACAGACAGUGUUCUUGAGGGUAGCCAGAUUUCCGCAGCCGCCGGUAUCACCCACUUUUAGGGACAAGUACGACAUGGACACGUCUGAUUUUGAUGUGACCCGGCCCGACCGUGAACUGCUCCAAGAAAAUCAUGAAACCGGGCGACAUCCCAGCAGCCUUCAGAAAGAUAGAGGAAAAGAUGGACGCCAACGACGAAAGAAUGAUCUCCCUUCAUCAGUAUGUCAGCAGCACGUGGAUACAGAAUGA